UUUCUUUAACCUUUCAAAACAACAGGUACAAUGUGUUGAUACUUGUGUGAAUACACGAUCAAUUGAUGGUUCACCGCUUGUCAGCCUCAGCUCGGGAUUUACAGCGGUUGUGUUCCCACAAGCCCAAAGACAAUGAUAGAGGAAACAGACACUCAGUCAUCCUCAUCCUCACCAUCUACAACAUCAUCAUCACCAUCAGCCGCUCCCCAAACUAGUCGACCCCCAGUUGUACCCACGGCUGUUGCCAAUUCCCUUCCUCCAUGUCGAGUGUGUGGGGAGAAGGCAAGCGGAUUCCAUUAUGGCGUCAACACGUAUGAAGCCUGCAAGGGAUUUUUCCGACGGAGCCUGCAGCGUAAGGAAAAAUACAAAUGUUCGGCAUCAGGGCGAUGCAAGAUUGGUAUGGGGAGACGCAGCACCUGCCCGUCAUGCCGCUACGAGAAGUGUAUCAAUGUCGGCAUGUCCAAGACAGCUAUCAAGACUGGCCGAUACACUCACGAGAAGCGAACACAAGACAUUCUGGAGGUGAAACAGCUAGAACAGGAAGAACUUCGACAAGACCACAACCAUAACAUUACCAUAAUAACUCUACCUCAAAGUGUGGAGGGGACUUCUAUACAGCAAGACCCGAUCACAGUAACAGCCACAGGCACAGCAUCCACAACCGUGACACGUUCAAAGGCCAGAGGUAGACUCCAGACAAGAUCUACAAAAUCCAGUGGAAACCCCACAACAGAAUUGUCAACACCAAGCCAAGACCCAGAGCUGACCAUCACAGCUGUCACAAUACCGACAGCACCAUCAUGCACUGAAACAGCGCAGGAAACAACAUCCCCUGUUGUCACAGGACAGGCAACAACAUCACAUGCUUUAGAAGUACAUGCAACAACAGCAUGCACUGUCAGAGCACAGGGAUCUGCAUCACUCGCCUUCUCAGAAGAGUCAUCGACAUCAAACUCAUCGCCAGAGCAGGCAGUGAUAUCAAACACUUUUCCAGAACUCACAGUAACAUCAAACACUUAUCAAAUGCAGACAUUGACAUCAAACAGUUUCCCAGAAGAGGGGUCAAACUCAUCGCCAGAGCAAGCAUCCACAUCAAACACUUUUCCCGAACACACAGGAACAUCAAACACUUAUUCAGUGCAGAUAUUGCCAUCAAACACUUUUCCCGAACACACAGGAACAUCAAACACUUAUCCAGUGCAGACAUUGCCAUCAAACACUUUUCCCGAACACACAGGAACAUCAAACACUUAUUCAGUGCAGACAUUAACAUCAAACACUUUUCCGACACAGGCAACAACCUCAAACACUUUUCCAGCACAGUCAACUCUGCUAACAGCAGAGGGAGCACCAUUGCACUCAGCACUGACGCCGCCAUCAGACACAGAACCGGCGCCGCCAUCUGUCGAAGACUUUGAUUCGUUCCCCAGGCCCUUGAGUCCUGCCGUUGAAGCAUUCUGUCACCUGGCCCUGUCGUGUGUUUCUCCUCCUACUCAGAACGAUCCGCUUCCUAUGUUGCCCCUAGCAACACCAAUGCCACCUACGCCAGAAGAACCAAUUGACUGUGACUCCAUGAUUGCCAGUCUGCUUGAAGCGCAUCAUACGUACAUCUGUUCCAGCACAUACUUGUCCAAGGCCUACCUCCUGGAAUGUCAGCUCAAACAUUAUGAGGGUUAUCAGAAUAAGCAGGCGAUGUUUGGGCCCCUGUCAACGUUGUCCCAUGACCAGUACAUGGAAAUCUAUGAGAAGACAGGGAUGGACGUUGACAACCGGCAGGAAAUGAUGCAUUAUUUUGCCACCCACAUGGAGAAUGGCAUAAAGAAGUACAUCAAUUUUGUCAAGCUCAUCCCAGGAUUCACAGACCUUCACAUUGAGGACCAGGCCACCUUAGUUAAAGCCUCUAGGUUUGAGUUCUGGAUGUGGGGAACCUUCCAAGGCUACAACCAGGACCUGAUGGUGGCAUGUCUCCCCAAUGGAAAAUGCCUUCAUCGCAGUGAGAUGGGCAGGAUUUGGGAUGAAGACUUUAUUGUUGAUAUGUUCCGUUUUGCGCAGACAUUGAAAAAAAUACCAUUACUACCAGACGAAUUUGUGAUUGUGAAGUGCAUUUGUGUGACAUUUGCUGAUCGCAGUGGGUUGAAGGAACCUGGCAAAGUGGAGAAGAUCCAAUGGCAACUGAUCCAGUGUUUCCUGCACAUGCUCAAGAAGAACCACAAAUCAGACAUGGGACUAUUUGCCAAGGUCAUUGACAGAAUGAUGGAAAUUCGGACUUUAACAGAAUGGAAUUACAAACUUGCCCGAAGAAUGCACGUAUGGCCUGCCAUCCAACAGAGUCCAUUGUUGGUAGAAAUGAUUUCUAUGUGAAGGAUGCAAGCACCAUGACAUUCACCAUUCCUGAUGUUGACAUUCUACACAAGUUGUGUUUUCUUUUUAUGGAUUUGUGUGAUAAGUACUCAACAGGUUUGUAUACAUCUCCGCGGUAUACAGACAAUGCUGUGUCUGUUAUUUGUCAGAACUUAAAAAGGGUAUGUGCAAAUCACAAAAGUCAACUGAGUCCCAUUCUGUUGCAUAAGUGUGUGUGUGAAUGUUACCAUUCCCGUAUACCGAGCAGUUACUGGCAAACAAGGAUAAGUUGAGCACUGACCUGACAAUUGAUCCGUAUUAGCAUGUAUGAGUGCAGUCAACUGGCACUUGCCAUUGUUAGCGAAAGGGCCCCAGGUUGUCCGCGAUCAAGUGUAGUGUGACUUGUUACGCCGACGUGAGAGUCUAAUGAGCAAGGCGUGUGCAGCUACGCGCGGAAUCAAUUUCAUCGACAUGUAAUGCACAUGCACUAGCCUACAUCUGCUCUACCUUUCACAAACCAAAUGGGUUGGCUCAUGGCCAUGCACUGCCUACUUCUCGUAAACAUGUUCUCUGCGCCGGUCCAACUUAUCCUUGUUUGCCAGUAGAUGGUUUGAAGGAUAUAGCACAUAAUGAAGAGCAAUGUUGUUGUUAGAAUGAUG